GCAUUCUACGUAACGGACGGCGGAGGCUACGUGAAGAGAGGCGCGGCGUGACUGAGCUAUGAUUCUGGCUGCGUCCUAGAGGCAUCUGGGGCAGUAAAACCGCUGCGAUCGCGGAGGCGGCGGCCAGGCCGAGAGGCAGGCGGGGCAGGGGUAUCGGACGCAGGGCGCUGGGCCGGGUUUCGGCUUCGGCCACAGCUUUUUUUCUCAAGGUGCAAUGAAAGCCUUCCACACUUUCUGUGUUGUCCUUCUGGUGUUUGGGAGUGUCUCUGAAGCCAAGUUUGAUGAUUUUGAGGAUGAGGAGGACAUAGUAGAGUAUGAUGAUAAUGACUUCGCUGAAUUUGAGGAUGUCAUGGAAGACUCUGUUACUGAAUCUCCUCAACGGGUCAUAAUCACUGAAGAUGAUGAAGAUGAGACCACUGUGGAGUUGGAAGGGCAGGAUGAAAACCAAGAAGGAGAUUUUGAAGAUGCAGAUACCCAGGAGGGAGAUACUGAGAGUGAACCAUAUGAUGAUGAAGAAUUUGAAGGUUAUGAAGACAAACCAGAUACUUCUUCUAGCAAAAAUAAAGACCCAAUAACGAUUGUUGAUGUUCCUGCACACCUCCAGAACAGCUGGGAGAGUUAUUAUCUAGAAAUUUUGAUGGUGACUGGUCUGCUUGCUUAUAUCAUGAAUUACAUCAUUGGGAAGAAUAAAAACAGUCGCCUUGCACAGGCCUGGUUUAACACUCAUAGGGAGCUUUUGGAGAGCAACUUUACUUUAGUGGGGGAUGAUGGAACUAACAAAGAAGCCACAAGCACAGGAAAGUUGAACCAGGAGAAUGAGCACAUCUAUAACCUGUGGUGUUCUGGUCGAGUGUGCUGUGAGGGCAUGCUUAUCCAGCUGAGGUUCCUCAAGAGACAAGACUUACUGAAUGUCCUGGCCCGGAUGAUGAGGCCAGUGAGUGAUCAAGUGCAAAUAAAAGUAACCAUGAAUGAUGAAGACAUGGAUACCUACGUAUUUGCUGUUGGCACACGAAAAGCCUUGGUGCGACUACAGAAAGAGAUGCAGGAUUUGAGUGAGUUUUGUAGUGAUAAACCUAAGUCUGGAGCAAAGUAUGGACUGCCGGACUCUUUGGCUAUCCUGUCAGAGAUGGGAGAAGUCACAGACGGAAUGAUGGAUACAAAGAUGGUUCACUUUCUUACACACUAUGCUGACAAGAUUGAAUCCGUUCAUUUUUCAGACCAGUUCUCUGGUCCAAAAAUUAUGCAAGAAGAAGGUCAGCCUUUAAAGCUACCUGACACUAAGAGGACACUGUUGUUUACAUUUAAUGUGCCUGGCUCAGGUAACACUUACCCAAAGGAUAUGGAGGCACUGCUACCCCUGAUGAACAUGGUGAUUUAUUCUAUUGAUAAAGCCAAAAAGUUCCGACUCAACAGAGAAGGCAAACAAAAAGCAGAUAAGAACCGUGCCCGAGUAGAAGAGAACUUCUUGAAACUGACACAUGUACAAAGACAGGAAGCAGCACAGUCUCGGCGGGAGGAGAAAAAAAGAGCAGAGAAGGAGCGAAUCAUGAAUGAGGAAGAUCCUGAGAAACAGCGCAGGCUGGAGGAGGCUGCAUUGAGGCGUGAGCAAAAGAAGUUGGAAAAGAAGCAAAUGAAAAUGAAACAAAUCAAAGUGAAAGCCAUGUAAAGCCAUCCCAGAGAUUUGAGUUCUGAUGCCACCUGUAAGCUCUGAAUUCACAGGAAACAUGAAAAACGCCAGUCCAUUUCUCAACCUUAAAUUUCAGACAGUCUUGGGCAACUGAGAAAUCCUUAUUUCAUCAUCUACUCCGAUUGGGGUUUGGAGUUUUACAGAGAUUGAAGAUACCUGGAAAGGGCUCUGUUUCAAGAAUUUUUUUUUCCAGAUAAUCAAAUUAUUUUGAUUAUUUUAUAAAAGGAAUGAUCUAUGAAAUCUGUGUAGGUUUUAAAUAUUUUAAAAAUUAUAAUACAAAUCAUCAGUGCUUUUAGUACUUCAUGAAAUACCAUGAAGAAAUACCAUGAAAUUUAUAGGUAGAUAACCAGAUUGUUGCUUUUUGUUUAAACCAAGCAGUUGAAAUGGCUAUAAAGACUGACUCUAAACCAAGAUUCUGCAAAUAAUGAUUGGAAUUGCACAAUAAACAUUGCUUGAUGUUUUCUUGUAUGUCUACAUUAAACUUGAGAAAAAGUAAAAA